UCCCGCAACUUUCUACAUAGUUUUCCUUGAGUUUUUGAAGUUUCAAAUGUUUAUAAUAUACAACAAAAUUAAGCCGCACAAUGAGCUUAUGUGGUUGGGCUUUACUUUAUAUCGCACUGAUCUCAUGGAUAAAUCAGACAGAAGCCACAAAGAAAAGCGUCAGCACCUCUGUGGUGGGAAUGUUGGAACUGGUGCAACUGGAGGCCGAUCUCAUAGACAGUCUCAGCACCUAUGCGGACGAACUGGAAGCCAAACUGAAAGUGUUGAAAAGUUUUGUUCCAAAACUGCAGGCCGAGAGCAAUGAGGCAGUGACUCAAAUGGAGAACUAUGUGUCCAAUCCAAUAAACUCCUUUUCACUGAUACGUCGCAUGCAUGAGGAUUGGCAUGACUGGAAGAUAUUCAUGGAAUCGUCUAUCGGGCAAUCGCAGGUUGCUUUCCUUAACAAAGCUAAGCUACAAUUCCCAACGAAAACAGAUCUAAAUGAAGCUUCUUCGUCCAUCGUUCGCUUACAAAAGAUGUACAACUUGACGGCAAAGGAUAUGGCCAGAGGCGUUCUCAAUGGAAAGCAAUACGAAGCGAGCUUAACUGCUUUGGAUACCUAUGCCAUGGGAAGAUACCUGAAUAAACAAAACCGAGACAUGGCCAGAGAAUGGUUUGUGGUAACAAGCGAGUUGCUUAAGGAACAAACACCUCUAACUCCACUCGCAGGUGAACGUGAGAAAGUGUUGCAUCUCUUUGCUCAAGCUAUCUUCGAUUAUGAAUAUUACUCGAUUGCCCUGUCGGUUUUUGAUCACGCACUGUUAUUGGCGAAUAAAACUGCGAAUCCCACACUGUUGAGUAAGAGAAGCAAGUUUGAGGAGCUUGCCCGAAAGGAGGCCGAGGUGGUGGAGAAGACAAAUUCCAAGAUCAAACCUUCGGAAUUUGAAAUAGGUUGUCGCGGACAGUUCAAACAACAAUCCAAAUUGCUGUGCGAGUACAAGUCGGAGCUGUCGCCGUUUCUUCAACUGGCGCCUGUUAAGGUAGAGGAAGUGUUUCUGGAUCCCUUGAUAAUGGUAUUUCAUGACGUCUUGACGUCUCGCGAAAUCGACGAGCUCCAGCAGAUCGCUCGGCCACUUUUAAAGCGCACAACCAUUCUACAUAACUCUGGAGUCGAAACUGUGCAUAGCUCACGAAUCGCAAAAGGCACUUGGCUGACACGCGACUUCAACAAUCUGACAUUGCGCAUCGAAAGACGUAUCAUGGAUAUGGUUGACCUGGAGCUAAGCGGAUCUGAGGACCUUCAGAUAAUGAAUUACGGCAUAGGAGGGCAUUUUGAACCUCAUUACGAUUACUUCGAACCAGAUGAUUUGGAUGAAGGGGACAACAAUCGCUUAGCUACGCUCUUAUUUUAUCUAACUGAUGUAGAACAAGGAGGCGCCACCGUAUUCCCUGUCCUGCAGCAGGCUGUUAGCCCCAAGCGCGGCGCAGCGCUCUUCUGGUACAAUAUUAACGCGAAUGGAUCUGUCGACCCCAAAUCUUUUCAUGGAGGCUGUCCAGUUCUAGUUGGCUCCAAGUGGAUUAUGACCCAAUGGAUAUCAAAUAAUAUAAGUUGACGGAAGCCCAUCUAGCAGAACAUAGUUAACUUGCAGUGCGAUAUAAAGCAAAUUCUACGCACACAGUUCGAAAUUCAUUU